UCGGUUUCACAAGGUCUUGUCCUCGCUGUCUGGAAAGUGUAACCAACAGCAAGAAGCAGCGAAGCGAGAGCGCAACAAACGAAACGACACUCUCCACCACACUCACUACACACCUCUCCCACCCUCCACCCACCACCUCCGACGAACAACAUCCAAUCCGAUCAACAACCUCAUCCCCCACUUCAGACGCGUUCCACGAAAAGAAUACACAAACCACACACACGACCAACCCGUGCCCCGUUGGCAUAAUGACCCACUCGCAAGAGGAAGCGUUCUGCCUGUCGCGCAUGGCGGAGUUACAAUCCCGGGAUCCAGCGACAAUCCUCGAGUGCCUGCGCUCCGUAAAGCACCUUCUGAUCGGCCAUGACAAAACAAAAGAGAUGUUUGUGCGCAACGGGCUCGUCAACAGACUCGUCGCAAUCUUGAAUCUGGAUGGGGAGCACUGGCAGGAAGUGAAGGUAGAAGCCGGAAUAUGUGUCGGCAGUUUGGCAUAUGGCGGCGAAUCGCACAUCUUGCACCUCAUACAAUCAGACGUGCUACUACCUCUGACCGCUUCGUUGAACCCGGACAAAUCGCUCCCGAAGCUCGCCCAAUCCUCGUUGCGGACGAUCAACACGAUGCUUGAUACGUGCGUUUCGCCUACCGCACCGCUAAGCCCGGCCGUGGCGAUCUCGUCGGUUAUCUACACUCCGGAUGGUCUGCGGAAUCUGCGCGAGAUCUUGUCGAGGGAGUCGCCGGAUAGGUUGACGCAGGAGCAGAUUGCUUUGGCGGCUUCCGCGAUCGCGAAGUCGUGCGGACGAGUACCUCACACCGCUGGCGGCGAGUCCGCGGAGGGGACGGCGCAGCAGGAGGGAAUGCACCAGAAGAUGUUGGCCGCAUCCGGGGUUCUCGAUGCUUUGGCUACAAGAGUGGCCUCAUUCGCGCCAGAUGAAUAUAGGAAGAAGUGUGGUUCCGAUGCCAGGACACCCCCACAGGCACCUCCGAAUGCGAGGAUAGCGCCCAUCCUGGAUGCCAUCGCUACUAUUAUCCGGGGCUCGAAGCUUCGCUCCAUCGAAUUUUUAUUUUCGCCCGCUCUAAGCACGCUCUUCCCGACGGAUGAGAUGAGGGGUGGGCUGGAAGGCGCGGCCGCGAGCUUACAUCUACCCCAGCCGAAGCCAUCGUCUGAGAUUCAGGGAGCUGGGCCGAUUGUCACACCUUCUGCGUUCCCCCCGCUUUCAGCUGCAGUUACUCUGACCUCAUCUGAAUUGGCGGAGGACGAACGACUGCGUACUGUCCUGGGCACGCAGGAAGGAGACGCCGGGGGUGCCGAUACAUCCGUUGACAUUCCCGAGUUGGAGAUCGUCAAUUGGUUGAUCAGUCUCGUGAGGAUGGGUGAUCCGAUCACACGGUUGACAGCAGCGAGCGUUCUCACCAACUUGUUCCUAGUCGGGUUGGUGGCCAAACGAUUGGUGUCAUAUGUGGCGCUUUUGGUUAUUCCGAUCCUGGUACGGCUACUCGACGAGGAAUGCAAGGUCUCUAGCGGGUUCGGCAAUACUGGAGUCGGUGGUAUCGACGCGCAGAAGUGGAGUCGGUGGCAGGUGGAAGAGAGGGCCCCGGCGGUGCUUUCCAGAUUGGUGAUCGAGAAUCCGGAGUUCCAGAAGGCGGCGAUCGAUGCCGGAGCAGUCAAGAAGUUGGCGGCCAUCCUCAAGAAGGUCUCGGAAUCAUUUUCUGGAAGUGCGAAUGGGUUCAUGAAUGGAGACACACCGCACAUGCCACAGGAGCCCGCAUCAAAGAGUAGCCCGGAAUACAAUCAUCGGAUGAAGGUGAAGGAGGGCGUGCUUCGGUGUCUGGCGAAUCUGGGACUCUUCAAGGACGAAUACCGUAAGAAAAUCGUUGACGCCGGCAUACUGAAGACGGUGGUGGGCGCAUGUCUCAAGCCACUGACUCCGAUCGCCUCGCCGCUCCCGCCGGAGAACAACAGCGCCGAAGGCAACCCGCCGUCUGUGCUCAUCGCCGCCUGCGGUUGCAUCCGUGCCCUGUCCCGCUCAGUUAGUAUCCUACGGACAUCACUCACCGAUGCCGCAGUGGCGAUCCCAAUGUUCUCGCUCCUCCGACACGAAAACGACGACGUCAAGAUCGCCGCUACCGCAGCGGUUUGCAACCUCGUCCUCGACUUCUCUCCCAUGCGGAAGCCGAUAGCGGAGGCUGGCGCACUCGAGGUGCUGUGCGAUCACGUCAAGGGCACCAAUGGCCCCCUCCGGCUCAACGCACUCUGGGCACUCAAACACCUCAUGCUCGAAGCGGACAUAACCAUGAAACGCCGUAGUCUCGAAUGCCUCGGUGUAGAGUACCUCAUGUCGAUCAUCUCCAAGAUCAAUGCCGACCCAGCCGCCGACACCAUCUCGGACUCGGACUCCGACGCGGACGAGGAAAUGGCCGACCAUACCAUCACGCCGACCCCAACCCCGGAACUUUCACAGCGCCUCCCACCCAAAAUCCGCUCCGCCGUCCACCGCCUCCAAAAGCAAGAACGGAUCGCACAAGGCACACAAUCCCGGAAAGAAGCGAUUUCAUUGCAAGAGCAGGGGCUAGAAUUCAUCCGCAACCUGAUCUGCGGAACCGAAGUAGGCUCGAUGAUCGACGUGGUGUUCAACUCGAUCGGCGCCGACCGCCUCCUCACGCUAUACGAGACUCUGCUUUCGGCACCAAACCAACCCUCGGAAAUCGUCAACGCAGUCGUCUACAACAUCGUGCACAUCGCCGCCGGUGCCCCGCGCCACAGACAACGCAUCAUCGAGCGAACAGACCUGCUGCGCGUCCUGCUCGGGUUCUGGGACCACCGGAAUCCGCACGUGCGCUCUGGCCUCGCGUGGGUCGUCAUAAACCUCACAUGGAAGGAGGAGGGCAGCGAGGCCGAGGGCGUUCAGCGCCGCAUCAACGUCCUGCGGAAUUUGGGCUGGGCCGAGAGGCUGCAGCUCAUGCAGAAGGAUACGGAACUCGAUGUUAAGGAGCGCGUCAAGACGGCCGAGUUCCAGCUUAGU